AUGGGUCGCGGCAUGGCGUGGAGAAGAGGCGCCGUCGUCGGCCGCGGUAGCUUCGCCACCGUCAACUUGGCCUACAUACAAGAGCCGUCCGGCUGGCGGGGGAAUAUCCCGGACGUAGUAGCCGUCAAGACCGCGGUUCUCUCCCGUUCCGACGUCCUCCGCCACGAGCGUUCCGUGCUCGCGGAGUUCCAGGGCUGCCCCCAAAUCGUUCGGUGCUUCGGCGACGAGGUCGCCGUCGAUGAAUCCACCGGAGUCGAGAGCUAUAAUCUCUUCCUCGAGUACGCCGCAGGAGGCAGCCUUUUCGAGGCGGUCCGCCGCUCCGGCAGGGGGCUUGGGGAGGCGACGGUUCGACGGUACGCCCGCUCGAUCCUCCGGGGGUUGGAGCACGUCCACGCCCGCGGCUACGCGCACUGCGACAUUAAGCUGCACAACAUCCUCGUCACGGGCGGCGACGGCGGCGGCGACGACGUCGUGAUCGCCGACUUCGGCCUGGCCAAGAAGGUCGGCGCCGACAAUGCCGGCGCCGGAAUCAGCGGCACGCCGCUCUACAUGGCGCCUGAGGCAGUCGCGGGGGGCACGGGGGCGGCGACGGCCGCGGACGUUUGGUCACUCGGGUGCGCUGUGGCGGAGAUGUCGUCCGGGAGGCCGGCGUGGGGGCAGCGUUUCAUCAACUCGUGGGGGUUGUUGCUCUUCGCGAUCGGAUUCGGGGAGGAGUCGCCGGAGAUUCCAGCGGAGCUGUCGGCGGAGGGGAGGGACUUCCUGAACCGGUGCUUCGUCAAGGACCCGGCGCGGCGGUGGACGGCGAAGAUGCUACUGCAGCAUGCCUUCGUGGCGGAGGAAGAAGACGUCGAUGCGAACCGAAGCUGCAUCCAAACGGAGUACUUUCAGUCGCCGAGGAGCGUCUUCGGGUUGUCAGAGUGGCCGUCGCCGAGAUCCCCGUCCGAUCGGAUGAUCCAUUCCAAGUCCAACCCCACAAAAUCAACAGAAACCGAUGAAGAUCCUCCUUUGACCUCGCCGGCCGAUCGAGUCAAGGAAAUCGCCGAAACUGCGCCGCCUAAUUGGGCUGGCUCCCCAUCCGCCGGGUGGAUCAACGUGAGGAGCUCCGCCUCAGGCGACCAAUCAGAACAAGAACAACAGCAACAACCACCACUCUGCAGCAGUUCUUCGUCUCCAUUUGUCUCAUUCAGAUCAGUUCAAUCAACUACAGAAGACAAUUAA